UGCUGUUGUUUUGUCGAGGAACGUGCGAAUAGAAGUUUCUUUCGUGGUCGAAUCUUGUUUGAUUUCUCUUGAUUACUGUUUAUUUCUGUGUUUAACUGAGAAACAGAUGAGCAGCAAGAAAUUGAUGAAAUGCGAUGAACAAUAUUUUAGGGUUUUGUUUGGUCAAAUUUUGUUUCUGGAAAUUUAUUGUCCUGUCUUUUGACCUAUGUCCUCGACAGAUGAUAAAAUGAGAAACUGGAGAAUUUCAUAAUGUAAAGUUUUGCUUGUUCUGUAUGUACUCUUUUCUUCCUAUAGCAAAUUUGAUUCUCUGUUUUUGAGAUUUGAAAUUAGGAAGAUUCUCAUUGCAAAUUCAGAACGAAAAUUAUGAAAAGAGGAAAGAUUAGCCUUACGAAAUCUUCAGUCAUAAUUCGAUUUUAGUUUUGCAACCUUGAAAUGAAUUACGUACCGAUUUCCGUAGGUAUCAUUACUGACUAUUCGCCAAAAUGGAUAUUCAAUUGGAUUCUCUGUUAUUUGAGUCCUUAUAACUGGUCCACAUGUAGCAUUAUCAACAGCAUGGCAAUGACAUUGCAAAGUGGUGGCCUUACUCAGGAUGAGAAUCUCAAUGUUCGCUAUAAUGGAUCCGCCGUUGCAGGGAAGGCUAAUGGCAUGAAUUCACAAAGAAAAAGUGGGCUUAGCGGGCGAAAGCCUCUUGGCGAUCUAUCAAACUCGAGAAAGCCAGACUUAAACCAGUCAUCAAAAUGGAAAAACACAAAGAAUCUCACGUUUAUUGAUGAAGAAACUGGUGCAGGCAAAAAGAAAAACAUACUCAAGGGCUCUGAGAAGGUGCAGAAGGGAACUCGAAAAGUACUCUCGGAUAUUUCGAACUCUGGAAUGCCAAACCUGCCGGAGGCCUCAAAGAAGAAGCAGAAAUUGAAACUGAGCACUGUAAGGGAAGAAUCUCUCCAUCACAAUGCUAUUUGUGAGGAACGCUUCCUGCACAACCAUCAAGAUUGCAUUAAAUCACAAAAUAGCGCUAUGGACAAGGAUCAAUUUCUGAGCAUCGUUGGACUUGAUCUUCCCAAAGAGUUGAUGACAUCCACUAGAAGAAAGGUCAGUUUUGAUGAUAUCCCCUUAGUUCCAAAGUCCCAUAACCAGUUAGCAUUUUCUGGGUUUCAGCCUGAUAGUCCAUUGAAGCUCAUGGAAAUGGCAGAAUUGGCAGUUGUUGAUCGAUCUCCGAAGAAGUUGUGUCUGUUUGGAAGGGGAUGGCCUGACUCAUCGCCGCCUUGCAAAUCCCCAAAAUCACGCUCAGUGGAUACAUUUUCUCUCUGGAAGGACACCGAUAGUAUCAAUUUCACAUUGAUAAAGACCCCAUGAGCGCACCAAAGGCCUUUGUUCUCUAUUGAUAAAGGAGGGGUUGUGGAUUCUUGGAUGCUUAAGAUUGUUUAAAAUCUAGAGAAGUUGUAGCUGAAGCUUUUCUGUGUUUUGAUUUAGAUGAAGAUUUGUUAUCAUCUCUAAGAUUCUUUUGGGAAAGGUCAUCUGAAAAGAUUUGUAAUGGAACAGAUCUUUUUUUGAUUGAGAUGAAGAUUGUUCUCAUCCCAUAUGUAAAUAAAUUUCUAAUUCACAAUU